GGUCUAUUUUUAGGACAAGGCUGGCAUAUCCCAUAUUUAUCGAAGUCACAGUUCCAGAUGCCUCACGUGAGCAAAGGGUGCUGAAGGGCUGAGUUAAUUUUAACUCCUCCAGCUGACAACCAACAUGGACUGUGCGCAGGAACCAGAAGGGCUGAGACUUCAGGCAGAACCAGUUCCUGACACCACUCUUGAGAUUGGACAGAGACUUUUCCAGGUCAACCGUGGUGCACUAUCUCUCCACAGUCGCUAUUUUGAGGCCAUGUUUUUUGGGGGCACUAGAGAGAGCGCCGAACACCACAUAGUGAUCAGAGGAGUAGAUGCAGAGAUUUUCCAAGUGCUUCUUGAGUUCACGCACACAGCGAAGGUACUCAUAACUCUGCACAAUGUCACUCGCCUGCUGGAAACAGCUGACUUCCUCCAGUUUGAGAGAGUGAAAAGGAUGUGCGAGAAGUUCCUGGAGAGGGAACUGCACGUUUCCAAUUGUCUGAGCCUGAUGGCCUAUGCCCAAUGCUUCACUUGUCCAGAGCUUCAUGCAUCAGCUCUCAGUGUGGCUCUCACGCACUGGACGGAAGUGACUUCUCAGGAAGAAUUUGAGACACUUCCCAAAGAAAUGUUGCUCCAGCUCCUGCAAAAUGAUGACCUCUUUGUUCCCCGAGAGGAUGUGGUUUUUGAUACUGUGAUGAAAUGGGUUAUGCAGGACCCAGCAUCUAGGGAGGAGGCCUUCUUGGACUUGGUGGGGCAGGUCAGAGUAACCUUCCUGAGUCUUUCUUUCCUCGAUAUCUUGGUGAAACAAAGCAAACGCCCUGGAGAGAAGGAUACUUCUGCCAUGCUGCUAAAGAAGUUAGACAGCUGCCCUCCACUCAGCUGGAGGAACAUGGAGCUGUCUUCGUGCACCAGCAGGAGCUAUGAGACCCUAUAUGUUCUGGGAGGGAAGCAUGACAAGGAGCAGCAAGAAUUGUUUCAGUUUCAACCUAAAUCUGGCACCUGGCAUCUUUGCUCCCCACUGCAACGCAGGAACCUCAUCCAGUACGCAGUGGCAGCAGUAGGGAACUUCCUGUUUGUGACAGGAGGUUAUUUCCGAGAUGAGUUUGUGUGGUACAGCGUGGACUGGGUGUUGAUCUAUAAUUGCUGGGACAACAACUGGCUGGAAGGGCCUGCUAUGAAGCAGUCUCGCAACAGCCAUUGUGCCGUAGGGGCUGGGCUGUAUUUGUACGCUCUUGGAGGGAGCACAGAUGAGGGGAUAAUCCCAGAUGUGGAGCGCCUGGCAUUAAUGGACUCUCAAUGGCAAAGCAUGAGCCCCAUGGUUCAGCCUGUGGAGAGAGCAGGUGCAGUCAGUGUGGGGACCAGGCUUUACGUGGUCUGUGGCCUGGAUGAAAAGGGAGAUGUGUAUGGUGGCGUGCAGAGACUGGACAUGGAGAAGGAUGUUUGGGAUGUCAUCUCCUUCUCACCGCUUCCCAGGUAUGACCUCUGUGUUACAGCUCUGAAUGGAGCUCUCUACACCAUAGGAGGUGGAGCCUUUCGCUUUGAUAUGGACACAGAUGAAUGGACCCAAGUGGAUGAAGAGUGCCUGACUCAGAAAUUCUUCAUGGGAUGCAGCACUGCCAAUGGCCAAAUGUAUCUCCUGGGACAGAGGAAGGGGAACGUGGCUGUCCCCAACAUGGUGCUCUUUGACCCUUAUACUGACACAUGUCAGGUGGUAGAUGGCAAAGUCCCUUGCCCAGUUCCUAUUUAUGGGUGUGUCUCUAUACGAAGAUUUGACACAUGGGCUUAAGCAAGGCUGGCCAGGUCACUAUACAGAGAGGGAUUCCAGUGUGUUAACGCUUACAAGGGCUGAUAUUUAUUGUCUGUAGAACUUGUAGAAUCUUGAAAACAUCAUUUAUUCCUCCCCUGAUUUUGUCUUUUCCAGUUUGGCAAAUGCUGGUGUCCUUUGUCCUCAAGGAACCAACAUGGAUAUGGAAGAUUUGCUCCUUUUUUAUCAAGACAUCUCCGCUGGUGUCAGCAUGAUUCCAUGAAAACAUUUGUUAGCAAACUCACUAACCUGGCCUCUGCAGCAGCAGAAGAAAUUAUAGCAUUGCAGGGUCAGUCAGAAACAUGGCUGUUGGGUUUUUGUUUGUGUUGUUUUGAUUUUUCCAAAUGACAGGACUGCAGCUUCUCAAAUGAUAAAGAGCACUCCAGGCAGCAGCAGGUGAAAGGCAUCUGUCCAAAGAAAUCCAAAUUUCAGUAGCUGAAAAUUUAUUUUUAUUUUCAGCUCAUAGGGACGACAGUACCUAAAAUGCAAAUAGAGCCAUAGGGAGACUAUAAAGACCUGAGCUACUUCAUGCUUCAUUCCUCUGGGUUCUUAAGGAGCUUGGGCAGGGCCCUGAUUUUAUUUGGAAGGAAAAGAGCAAGCAUAUGGUAGGAUUUAAACUGAUUCUUUAUUUAAGCCAAUGCCCUCAUCACCUUUGUGCUGACUCAGUUCCAUGUGUAAAGUGUCACUCAGGUAUUAGGUAGCACCUAGGGAACCCUGUUCAGAGCUGCUGUUGAUGGCUAUGGAGAGAGUUGUACAAAUGACAAGAGGAGUUGAGCCCACAUACACUUUGAGCUGUUCUAAUCCUAUGGUGCUCAGUCAGGGGAUGAAAUCCUGGCCAUUGAAGUCAAUGGAAUUUUGCAGUUAGCUACAAUGAGGCCAGGAUUUCACACAGAACCGGUACAUUGUAACUCCCUGCUGCAACAUUUCAGUUCAUUAUUAUGUAUGAGGCUGCUUGCUUCACAGCUGGGUGACAGUUUUUGACUGAAACAGUUUCUCUGCAAAAAAUGAUUUGGAGUCACUGAAAUGUUUCACUAAUUUGUGAGACAAGGUGGGUGAGGUAAUAUCACCAAUUUUGAAAACAAAGCCAACAAACUCCAAACAAGUCCAAACAUUUUGUUUUGACAUUUUCAAAACAAAAUAUUUAAAUUUUUAAAUUCAAAAUAACUUUUUCGUUACAAAAUUUCCUUCAAUUGUAGUUUUUAAAAUGUUUUAUAAAAAUGCUCAAAAUCAAAGUGAAAUGUUUUGUCUGAGGCCAAAUGAUUUUUUUAACCCCUCAAUUUGCAAAAGUGUCAAAAAAAUUGUUUUCGUGUCAAUUCAACAUUUAAAAACAUGGAACUAUCACCAAACCAAAAACUCAGUUAUUUGCCCAGCUCUACCCACUACAUGUAUAACGAGAGAAAUAAGACCUGAUUCCUAGUCAUGUUUGAAAAUUUAUCUGCACUUUACUUGUGCAACAGCUGCUCCCUAAGAGAGACACUCCAAAGAUGGUAGUGUCAGAACUUACAAAUGAUAUAAUUUGUUAAACAUUACGGUCUAGAGCUAUGAUGGACAGGAAAUUAAUUAGCCAUAGAGCAAUGCAUGUGACUAUGUAUGCAUACAAGGAGACUUCAGAUUGGCUGGGUAAAGCACAAAAUCUUCCUUUCUGUAUUCUGAAUAGUGCUGUAUUAAUCUUUGGCUAGUAAACUUUGAUUAAAUAAAUUCUGAUUGAGAUGGUUGUCUGA